AUGAAAUCACAAACAGAAACAGAUCUUUUUCUGCAUGAUGAAAUGGUAUAUGGAGAUUAUCUGUCUGAAUUUCAAAAACAGUUACCCAGAUUGCAUAACCUCAGUAGCAGAUUGAAAAUAUAUUCCUUAAAGGAUCCAUUUGUAAAUUCGAAAGGAAAGCCUUUGACUGAAGAAAUGUUUUUCAGGUCCCACAUGCUGUAUUCAUCAGAGAAGAGUCUUAUUGAAAAUACAAAUGAAAUGCUAUUGAUUGAAGAACACCACAAACAAUUUUCACAGCUGGAUGAUGAGUCUUUAAUGCUGCCUGUUGAACUGAAUAUUAGCAAUAUGGUGGAUUUAAGUUGGAUUAAACGCACAUUGCCACUUUCAGAAAUCAAAGAUCUUUUGCCUCUGACAACGGAAGAUGUAAUGAGUUUUGAUUCACAACACAUAAUUACAGACAAUGAUUUCAAAAUAAAAUUGAUUUUGGAGUUAGAAAGAUUUGAAUUCGGCCAAAUCGAUUUUUUGUUGAAUGAAGAUGUUAAUGACUCUGCAGUAGAGGUUAAUGAGCCAGUUUGUUGUGAUUUUUUCAAAAAUAUGGAAGUAGAAACUCCAUUGACUCCUCCAUAUUCAUCGGAUUGUAUGGAAAUAAGUUUAUCAACCAAAGAACUCCAUACAGAGGAACUUUCUCCACUGAAGUUAAAUACGGUUCUAUCUAGUACAGCCAAAGAUUUUCUGGAAUUUCGGAUAUGGCAGUCAGAAAGUUUCUACAGAUCUGUUUCAUCCCUGAGAUUGGGAGAAUGUGCAGAUAAUAAUGCAUUGAUUAAUGCAAGUAAAGUUUCUAUUGAAACAUACCCUGAAAACAAAGAGGCAACAUAUUCCAAUGCACAUGAAAGCAUAAGUAUGGGAUAUAAAACAUUAACUUUACAGUCUCAAAAUCUACCAACCAUUUCCCACAAGACCUCCAUUGAUUCUGUAGAUGGCUACAACAUCAUGAUGAAAGCAUACCAAGAAGACAGUGAUCCUCUCAACAACUUCAUUAUGCUUCGGUCCAAGCAGGUUUCAGCACCUGGCAGUCAGACAAAAAGUGACAAUGAAAAUCUGACGUAUCCUGUCAAUGGAAGUGUUAACAACAUUGAAGUGAGCAGUAAAUUGGAAACACCAAAGAUAGCUUCUGUGCAGGAAAGUAGCCAACAAGAUCGAAACAGAACUUUAAUCGAUGUUCAAGCAUCAGAGAGCCAGUGCCAAGCAUACUAUUUGUUGGAGUCUGCAGCGAUCCCUGUUCUCAAACAUUUGAAGGGCUUUGCUAUUCAGAUAUCUGCAGGAACAUUUACUGCACUUUCUUUUGACUACACUCGGUUUUUCCUAAAGCAUCAAGAGAAGGUAGUGAGUGAUAGUGCCAGUAAAGGUCAGUCUUAUUUCUUUCUCUCCACUAAAAAAAUGUAA